CAAAAUGGAUGAUGAGAGAAAGGAGAAAGAAACCAACGAGAAGACGGAGACAAGCAAGGGACUAGGCUUUAUAGUCUUUCGCAUCUUUGGAAUACUUCAGCAAGUUGUAGAGUCAAUCAACCCAUAUUCCUGGGUACCAUCUGAGAAAGAAAGUGUUGAAUCAAUCGAAGUGGAUAUAAAGGAAGUGCAGGAGAAGAAAAUCCCUCAAAGGAAGAGGAAAGCAGAUGAUGUUUGUGAGGAUGAACCUGCUCCACAAAAGAAGAGAACCGAAGCUGGAGGCCUUUCAGCCAUCGUACCUUCUAGUGCAAUUGAGUGGAUACAAUCUAAAGUCUCAAGUUGCAUUUCUCAGGCAAGUCAGUACGCCUCAAGAUGGUGGGAGAGCAUAAAGCCCUUCAUUCCUUUGGCCAACCAGGGAACAAAGCGCCAAAGGUCAGAGGCAGAGAAAUUCGAAGAGAACGUGUCGAAAAGGAGAAAAAUUGAAACAAAAAAAGAUGAAAAAAAGCGAAGUAUCCCAUGUGCUAGGAAAAGAAUAAUGCGUGAGAUACAGGGAAUCCAACAGAGGAACACUGCAAAGGAACCUGUAUCAAGCAGAAGAGCAACCGCUGUUGAGACUAACCUGUCCAUCAACCGAUUUAAAAUCUAUGGAGAACUUGGGAGUGGAUCUUUUGGACAAGUGCUGCUGGCAAAAGACCAAUUAAAAGAGAAAUAUGUAGCUCUGAAAAGAAUAAGGAAGAAUAGGUUUACACAGUCAAUUGCUGAUGUGAGGAUUGAGCAAACUAUCUUAGUAGUAGCACAGGAGUGUAGAUUCCUCACUCGGCUAAAUGCCAUCUUCGAGACCACGGUUGGUACCAUCCUAUUAACAAUCAGGGGCACAUUUACUAAGGGACAGCAUUUUCCUUGUGUUGGACUAUAUUUCCGGAGGAACAUUAGGAGAGUUGGUGAAGAAGGGAAAAGUACUGGAGAACGACAGCAUACAGUAAGUUCUAGACUGAUGUACAGUAGUUAUAAUGUGGCUUCUGAUCUAUAA